UUGGCCAUUUCAUGGAAACCCUAAAAAUAGAAAAGGGUGAGAGGAGUGGGGGAGGCUCUGCUAGGGUUUUUGCCCGCAGCCUCCCUCCACGGACGUCGACGGCGCGACGAACACUGCCAUGGCAUCGUCAUGGCUAAGGUGGACGGCCGGCUAUGCAGAGGGAAGGAGGAGAUAGCUAAAAAGGAAAACGAAGAAAGGGAGAGGGUGGUGGCCGCCACCGGAAAUCGUUUUCGACGGUGGUGUGCGGUUUGUCUCGGUCGGGCAUAGUAAAGGUCCGCGGAAAAGGUUAAAGGCUGACGAUGCCGCCACCGGAAAUCGCCUCCGACGGCAGCGCGCAGCAGUGCACGGUGACAUUUGCGGUGGCCAGAAAUCGCCUCCGGCAGCGGUGCAUAAUGGUGUUCACGGGAAGCACCGUUUUUCUGGAGCAUGCUCUUGGGGACAUGUUGGUGGCUAGGGCAGAGGAGCUCAGCAAGCUUGUUGGAGGAGAAAUAACCAUACAGAAGUGUAGGAUGGUAGAGAUCUUGGGUGCAGAGGAAAAGAUUGUUUUGUUAUUUUCUUACUAUGAUGACCAUACCUUGAUAUGCGAGCAAAUCAGGAGUAGGUGCUCUGCUGGACUGAGUGAGCUUCUUUUUGGUUGGGACUCAGGAGGAGGGCUGACGUUGUAUUUAGUUGAUUGGUAGCUUUUGACUACCUAGUUGUUGUAUAGGAUAUUAUUUCCCUACUUUCAGUUAUAUAUAGUAUAAGAUUGUUUUAGUUGUGUAUCCUCAAUAUAUAUAUAAUUGUUUAGUAGUGAGAUUUUAUUUUA